GGCGACUUGAGGAAGAGAAGAAGCGGUCGUGACAUUGUUAAGAUCUUUAGAGACGGUGUAGUGAUUAUUUUUGUGAGCUACGAACUGAUAUUUUUCUGCUCCGUUCUUAGCUGCAAUUUCCCAUUUUCCAGCAGGUAGAUUAAAAUCUCGGAACUUUCGUUGUGGAUUGGAUAAAUCUGUGUGAUUUUGGAGAUGGCGGCUGCUUUGUCGAGCAGAUUUCUGAAGGGAAUCGCCAGCCUCCAGGCUGUUCGUUCCAGCAGAUUGGUAUCUGCAUCAGUCUACCAAAAUGGGAUGAUGAGAUACUCCUCUACAGUUCCCAGUGAUUCAGACACGCAUGAUGAUUUCAAGCCUACCCAAAAAGUGCCUUCUGGUUCGACGGACUCACUCAAGGAUAUCGUUGAGAAUGAUGUGAAGGAUAAUCCUGUUAUGAUCUACAUGAAAGGAGUCCCUGAAUCUCCUCAGUGUGGGUUUAGCUCACUAGCCGUAAGAGUUUUGCAACAAUAUAAUGUUCCCAUCAGUGCUAGAAACAUUCUAGAAGACCAAGAGUUGAAAAACGCUGUGAAAUCCUUCAGCCAUUGGCCUACGUUUCCACAGAUCUUCAUCAAGGGCGAGUUCAUUGGCGGCUCAGACAUCAUUCUCAACAUGCACAAGGAAGGUGAAUUGGAGGAGAAGCUUAAAGACGUCUCUGGAAACCAAAAGUCUCAAUAAACAACGAGAGAUUAAACGAGGCUGUGCUGACUGCUGAAUGAAGUUAUUUUGUUUUUUGUUCUCUUUUUAUAAGAAUGUCUUUUGAUGUACGGCAAUAAUGUCUCAAGAAACUCAAAAUCUUUGGAUUUGGUAUUGAACGAAACUUGGUAUAUUUAGAAGAAUGCAUAAGUGGCCUUUAUUUUUA